UGCACUAUAUGUCUUGAAUAUAUGUCAAAUCCUUGUACCAUUUCAUGCGGUCAUACAUUUUGUUACCAUUGCCUUUAUAAGUGGUUCAAAAAACAAAAAAAAUGUCUGACAUGUCGUGUUAAAAUUACAGUAGCACCAGUACUAUCCUUUGCUAUUAAGGAAAUAAUAGACCAUUUUGUUAGAAUAAAAUCAUUAGAAGAAGAAACACGUCUAGAAAAAAAAAAACAAGAGUUCAAAGCUAUAUCUAAUCCGUGGGACAACCUUUUUGGCAAUUCAAAUAAUACAGAAACAAAACCAAAGAAUAAAAGAUCAUAUGAGGAAAUUGAAGAUGACGAAAUAGAAAUCGAAGAUGACAGUGAAAUAGAAAUUGAAGAAAUUGAUGAUUAUUCAGAAUACGAUAAUUAUGACACCUCGGAUUCUUUUAUUGACGAUGAAGAAAUUGAAGAAAUAUACACUGACGAGGAUGAAUAUGAUAACCUGUAA